CCCCGGCCCUAGCCUGACGGGCUCCCCAGCCUCCUGAGGCGCUCUGGCCCCGGCUUCUCCCGGGCUCCGUCCUCCGCGCCUCAUCGCCUGCGAAGCAUCCCGUCCGCUUCCCGCGCUGAGGGCAGCCCCAUCCCAGGGCUGUGGAUCUGCCAAUGACCCUGUGAGUGCAGAGGAAUCCCUGUUGCCCCAGGGGCCGUGCCCUAGAGGGGCCCGCCUCCCUGCUAUCAGCAUGGCGUCCGACACGCCUGAGUCCCUGAUGGCCCUCUGUACUGACUUCUGCUUGCGCAAUCUGGACGGCACCCUGGGCUACCUGCUGGAUAAGGAGACACUGCGGCUGCAUCCAGAUAUCUUCUUGCCCAGCGAGAUCUGUGACCGGCUCGUCAAUGAGUACGUGGAGCUGGUCAAUGCCGCCUGCAACUUUGAGCCACAUGAGAGCUUCUUCAGCCUCUUUUCCGACCCCCGCAGCACCCGCCUCACCCGGAUCCACCUCCGUGAGGACCUGGUGCAGGACCAGGACCUGGAGGCCAUCCGCAAGCAGGACCUGGUGGAGCUGUACCUGACCAACUGUGAGAAGCUGUCCGCCAAGAGCCUGCAGACGCUGCGGAGCUUCAGCCACACGCUGGUGUCCUUGAGCCUCUUCGGCUGCGCAAACAUCUUCUACGAAGAGGAGAACCCUGGGGGCUGUGAGGACGAGUGCCUCGUCAACCCCACCUGCCAGGUGCUGGUGAAGGACUUCACCUUUGAGGGCUUCAGCCGCCUGCGCUUCCUCAACCUGGGCCGCAUGAUCGACGGGGUCCCUGUGGAGUCCCUGCUGCGGCCGCUCAGCUCGCUGGCGGCCUUGGACCUCUCAGGCAUUCAAACAAGCGACGCUGCCUUCCUCACCCAGUGGAAGGACAGCCUGGUGUCGCUCGUGCUGUACAACAUGGACCUGUCGGACGACCACAUCCGGGUCAUCGUCCAGCUUCACAAGCUGCGACAUCUGGACAUCUCCCGAGACCGCCUCUCCAGCUACUACAAGUUUAAGCUGACUCGGAAGGUGCUGAGCCUCUUCGUACAGAAGCUGGGGAACCUGAUGUCCCUGGACAUCUCUGGCCACAUGAUCCUAGAGAACUGCAGCGUCUCCAAGAUGGAAGAGGAAGCUGGCCAGACCAGCAUUGAGCCUUCCAAGAGCAGCAUCAUGCCUUUCCGGGCUCUGAAGAGGCCGCUGCAGUUCCUCGGACUCUUCGAGACAUCCCUGUGCCGCCUCAUGCAUAUUCCGGCCUACAAAGUAAGUGGGGACAAAAACGAGGAGCAGGUGCUGAAUGCCAUUGAGGCCUACACAGAGCACCGGCCUGAGAUCACAUCCCGGGCCAUCAACCUGCUGUUUGACAUCGCUCGCAUUGAACGCUGCAACCAGCUGCUGCGGGCCCUGAAGCUGGUCAUCACAGCCCUCAAGUGCCACAAGUACGACAAGAACAUCCAGGUGACAGGCAGCGCCGCCCUCUUCUACCUGACCAACUCCGAGUACCGCUCAGAACAGAGUAUCACGCUGCGCCGGCAGGUCAUCCAGGUGGUGCUGAAUGGCAUGGAAUCCUACCAGGAGGUGACGGUGCAGCGGAACUGCUGCCUGACGCUGUGCAACUUCAGCAUCCCCGAGGAGCUGGAAUUCCAGUACCGCCGAGUCAACGAGCUGCUGCUGAGCAUCCUCAACCCCACGCGGCAGGACGAGUCCAUCCAGCGCAUCGCUGUGCACCUGUGCAACGCCCUGGUGUGCCAGGUGGACAACGACCACAAGGAGGCCGUGGGCAAGAUGGGCUUCGUCGUGACCAUGCUGAAGCUGAUUCAGAAGAAACUGCUGGACAAAAUAUGUGACCAGGUGAUGGAGUUUUCCUGGAGCGCCCUGUGGAACAUCACCGACGAGACACCGGACAACUGUGAGAUGUUCCUCAACUUCAACGGCAUGAAGCUCUUCCUGGACUGCCUGAAGGAAUUCCCAGAGAAGCAGGAACUGCAUCGGAAUAUGCUGGGGCUCCUGGGGAACGUGGCAGAGGUGAAGGAGCUACGGCCUCAGCUCAUGACUUCUCAGUUCAUCAGCGUCUUCAGCAACCUGCUGGAGAGCAAGGCGGAUGGAAUCGAGGUCUCCUACAAUGCCUGUGGCGUCCUCUCUCACAUCAUGUUCGACGGGCCCGAGGCUUGGGGCGUCUGCGAGCCCCAGCGCGGGGAGGUGGAGGAGCGCAUGUGGGCGGCCAUCCAGAGCUGGGACAUCAACUCUCGGAGGAACAUCAAUUACAGGUCGUUUGAGCCAAUUCUCCGCCUCCUACCCCAGGGCAUCUCUCCUGUCAGCCAGCACUGGGCAACCUGGGCCCUGUACAACCUUGUGUCUGUCUACCCGGACAAGUACUGCCCCCUGCUGAUCAAAGAAGGCGGGAUGCCUCUUCUGAGGGACAUGAUCAAGAUGGCGACCGCGCGGCAGGAGACCAAGGAAAUGGCCCGCAAGGUGAUCGAGCACUGCAGUAACUUUAAAGAGGAGAACAUGGACACGUCCAGAUAGAGGCUCCGCCCCCCGCCACGCUCUGGACCACAGGCCGGAGGACACUCCAGCGGCCCCACGGGACGGAGAGACACGGGGACUUUUGCACAACCGACGCUUUCCUUGACAUUAGUGAGAUAUAUAUAUAUUAUAUAUAUAUAUUAUUUUUGGGUUAGGAAGUGUGAAGUUUUGUGUGUAUGAUUUCUGUACAAUAACUCAAGAAGCACUCCCCGAAUCCUCGCCGCCGUCCCGGCCAUUCUGAAACCCCACUCGAAGCCUUCAUCGCUGCCACACUCACUCCUGCCCUGCCCAGACUCAAUGCCUAUAACGUCGUGAGUGUCCAGUCCCUUUCCAGUAACUCAGACCCCAGUCUGGUGUCCUGUUCUGAGAGGACCAAGCCUUGAUCAGCCUGCUCCAGCAUCCCAGUCCACUGCCCAAGCCUGAGGAUCCCGUCUUGGCUCCUGGCGCGGCUGGUGAGGCUUGGGGAUUAGAACUCACCCCGCUGGGUCUCCCAAAUGCCUUGGUGCUCCCGGCUGUGGCCAUCUGGGGCAAGAGCCAGCCCCUGCUAGGCUUAGGGUCCGGCAGCCCCAGAGGCCCCUCGGAGCGGGGCGCCCAGUGGCCCUGCUGCUCGCCGGCCGGGCCUGCCUGAGGCCACGCUGCUAUGGAGGCUGCCUCCUAGUCUCCCUCCAGGUCCCCAGGCCGUGGAAGGCCCAGCCCAGGUGGUCAGGUCGGGGGCAGAUACCACUGCCCCUCUGCCAAACACGUUGCAAACCUGCCCCAGCGCUGGGAGCCAGCACCUUCUGGGGCCAGGGGCACACGCCACGCUCCACAGCCCUCAUCCACCUGCCGGCUCCCAAGGGCGCUCCCACCAGCAGAACUGAGCCUGCCUCAUUCGCCUGGCCUGCCCGCUGCCCCGGCGACCCACGCCUCUCCCAGAGGCAGGAGGUCCCCACUCCAGCCUUCUACUCAGUGGCCACACAGCCACUGCCAGACCAGCACUUGGACAUCCCGCCAAGGCCGUGCGGGGGCCCUCCCAGCCCUCCUGCCCCGCCCUGGGCUCUCCCCGGAAACCUCUGUGCUGUGUUUCAGAGAAGCAUGAGGCCGCUGUCUCGGCAUACCUUGUGCCAUCCCUCAGUGUGACUGAACCGCGUCUCAUGGACACACCUGCAGGACAAGUGGGCCUGGGCCAGCACUGACCCUGGAGGCUGCCUUGGGUGCCGGCUUUUCUUGGCUUUUCCUUCCCGGGCCUGUCUGUGGAGGCUCCCAGCAUUUCUGCCUCCAGGCGGAAUAGGCCAGGUGAGCAGCUUGUGAGGGAGGACCUGGCCUUGUUCUCUGAGCCUCACUCUCCUGGCCGGGGAAGGGGACGGCAGCCCUGUGUUCCCCAGCUUGGCAGAGGGGCCGCAUCCACCCUCCCUUCCAUCCCAUGCCCAGCGACCCAGCAAACCCUGGGCAGAGCUCACAUCGCAUCGCUUUACCACCUAGGGCCUGGGGUCAUGUCUGUACUUUGGGAUGUCACAGAAAUACAUUUUUGUGCAAAGUGGA